CUACGUUCAUUGUCCCUCUCUGCUGCCGUUACCUUCUUUUUUCUCUCUCUUCAUCCGAAGACUCUCCUUUUGGAUUGCACAGGCUUCAUUCUUUUAGCCUUGCAUCCGUCCGGUCCUUUCUCAUUGCCUAUAACGCGUUCUUCACCACUCCUUUUUUAACCAACAAAACGACGACUACGAUAUACAUUCCUUUUUUUUUCUUCAGUCUCGCAGCUCAGCCGGCUCCAAGCGUUUGCUAGCAAUCCUGCGGACAACCUGCCUACGGGGAAGGAAAAAAUUAUGUGAGUUGCACCUGUUUCGCAGAGACACACAAUGGCAUGGACACGGGGAAUGGUGUGACGUUUGGGAAGAGGCUGGGGGAUCUGCUGCGCCAACCCCUCCUUGGAACGUCGCGAUGUUUGUCUCUAACCAUCCAUUCAUUCACUCUUGAACGCAACCAAAAUACUUGGGACAUUUUGCCCAAUAUGCCUUCACUCACUAUGAUGAGGCGAUCCGUCGACGAGGCUCACUUCGAUGUAGCCCGCUCGGUUUCUCAAAUCGCCAACAAGAUCCGUCCUGCAGGCCAGAUCGGUCCCCUGAAAGUCUUCGCUCGAGGCGAUGACUCUGACAGCGGCUCCGACACGGUCAUCAACGCCUUGUUGAUCGUGCUCGGCAUUGCCUUCUUUAUUCUCAUCCUUGUGUCUAUCCUGCUUGUGCUUCGCCGAGUUCGCCAGAAGCGACAGCUGCAGAACCCGGAGACCCAGGAGCCUAUUCUACCCUCUUACAACGAUGUCAAGAACCACCGAGGCCUCACCAUUGAGACCACGCAUAACGGUCGCUCCAGCGUUCUUUUCAUCAGCCGUGAUGGCCAGCCCAUGCUGCGGACCCCCGGCUCACCACCUCACUCCCCCGACAAUGUUCCCGAGAUCCACAUCACUUUCCCUGAUGAGCAGGACGAGCAAGGUCGCCGGAAGAGUGGCCGAGUUGUCGUCGUUCGUGUUGGAGAAAAUGCCACAGUCGGCCUUGAGCCCAUGCAUGACGAAGAGCUGCCCGCUUACGAAAAGGAAGCCAAGGGCCAGUUUUACUCCGUCGACAUGGACAAGAUCGGCGGCCUCAAGGAGAAGGACCACUCCUACUUCGACCACUACUGAAGUAGCUAAUUGAUAAUUGUUCUUCGUCCACCGAAUCUCCUACUACAUCCCAGGCCAUGCCUACCAAAGCAGAAAAAAAAAUACACGACGACAUAAAAAAAUUUCACCUCCACUACGCUCUUACCUAGACUUAACGAUCCUCUGUGUAACGACUUCCUUUGGAUACCAAGUCUUGGACACUCAAAAUUCUCGAUACCAUGUUU